AUGUCUGGCCCCUCUGAUGAUGGCUCUGGGCCUUCACUUUCACAAUUCACCAGAAUGGAGACCCCAGUGAAAUCCCCUCCCGCUUUGGCGGAACAAGAGGACUCCAACACCCCUGUAUCGGCCAAUAACGAGGGGCAAGACAAAGGUCCUGACGUGUUCGAUCGACGGGGCUCAGCGGACUCUGGCACUGCCAGCGAUAGGCAAGCAGAUGAAGGCUUUGUGCUUUCACGGAGCUUGCAGGAUCCUUCAGAGGAGCUUCCGAUCGAAUUAACCAGCUUGGCAGAUCGGUUCGUCAACUCCUUGAGUGCCAAAGUCCACAGCUCGCCUCCUACGAUCGAUAAGAUUUCCGAGCUCUUCCAAGUCUUUUACAGCCGGGCGGAGUCUCACAUAGCCACUCAUAUUUCCGCCCUCAUAUCUCGCAUAAACCGAGACCUGUCACCUCAGGUCCCCACAAACACCCCACGGGGAAGCGCUCUGUCAAAACUGAGCAACAAACGCUCCCAGGAUGAUGUCAGACCAGCAGCCUCAGGUCGCCAAAUGUUGACCGCGUCGGAAGUAGCUGAAAAGCGAAAGGCUCGUAGGGUUCUGGAAAACAAGCGAGGCGCAUUGGAAGAAGCUGCGGAGCGAAGGGUAUGCGAGAUUGUCUACGACAAACUCUGGAGACACAAGAGUACAUUGGAUGAUGUUCGGGACGAAAAGCUGCGAUCUAAGACUGCGGCUCUGCUGCUGGUAGGCAUUAACUUGAAGGAUCUCGGAAUCGACUUGGACCUUGCGGCAAUCGAUGAGCAGAAGCAGGACGAGGCAAAUGAAUUCCUUGCUCAGGCCCGGGAUUAUCUUGCAAAGAUGAACGAUUACAAAUAUCCUCUUGGAAAACUUCAACAGCUUGCCGCAGCUCACAAGGCCAUCGUCGAUGCUCUUACUAAACUUUUGCCAUCUUCCUCUUCUGCAGAUGAGAUCCUACCGACGUUGAUCUAUUCACUCGUCACUUGUCCACCCGAAGGAAUUAACAUUGUCAGCAACCUUGUCUUCAUCCAGAGGUUUAGAUCUUCAAGCAAGAUUGAUGGAGAAACCGCCUACUGCUUGACCAACCUCGAGGCAGCAAUUAGUUUCCUCGAAAACGUUGAUCUUUCUACAUUGCGUGCCGAUGAGCUCCAGGAUGGCCCUGUCAAAACCCUGAGUGCGACAACGACACCGUCGUCAGAACAUGCCGAUCCUUUCCGGCCAACCAAAGAAACUACAACCUCAUCUAUAACGACUGUAUCCGCCUCACCGGAACUGUCAAAACCAGAAACUAAGGAACCUGUCUCUUCAACAUUGCCAAAGCCACGGCCGUCUCCGACGCCGCAGCAACGACGGCUCAGCAACCUUUUCCAACCUCCAUCCAAAGUAUUAGGAGCUGCGAAUGACGCUGUUCGUACCACUGCAGACCAAGGCUUGAAGAAUAUCGGCGCCACUCUGGAUAGCAGUUUCAAUUUCCUGUUUGGCCGUCUGAAGGAAAUGCAGUCUGGACCGCAGGGAACAGGACCAGUGUUACCCAAAACAUUGGCCGAAGCUCGCCGUCUAGUCACCAUGCCGCCUGUUUCUGCCGAGAACCAAAACUUGACACAGGACGAGAUCGCAGCGAUCAAUUCCGUUUCCGUGGAUGAGACACCCCCACGCAGCAGUUCAAGGCUCACCGGGCUUUCUAGUGGUGGUCCAGCCUCUCGUGAUCGGAGUGCAGACAGCACCAGAACGCAAGCUAGUAGUAAGAAGUCCAUCGCCACAUCACUCCGCGAGGAAUUAGCACCGAACUCUGCCAAUAGCCCCACUCCGCUGGAAUCAAUGCGGAAUUUUGGCAACACUCUCAACCCUCUGAACCAUAUUCCAGGCAUGAUGAAGAACUUUGGCCGCGCACCAGAGACCCCCGGUGCCCGAUCUGUUUCUCCAUCUGGACUUGACCGAUUCAAGCUAUCACCUGCCUCAGUUGACAGCACCAGCGCAGCAGGCAGCCCUCUUCCCACUACGUCGUUGAAAGUGGAUCCUCCCAUCCAGCGUUUCCUUGAGACACAGGAUGCCCGCGAUCUUCGAGUUGGAGAUGUGGCUGUUUUGCUGGAAGACUAUAAAAGACUGGCGGCUGCAGUAUACAAACCAGCCGAGUCUCGAUAA